CACAGCCCUCACACCCUCACACCCUUUGUACUUCUUCUACCUCGAGCCACCACGCACACUCCACACAGCAGGCCCCACCCCAUACCGCACGGCGCGUCCCAACACCAGAGGAGCCGCUGCUGUCCCUUCCCUGCCCACACACUUGACUUGACCCCUUCGCACCAAACCAACUCCGACACCUCCUCGUAGAUCGACAUUUCGCACUAGCGAUAGCGACAACACCUCUGACCCCAGUCACGCCGCCGGGGACCCGCUGUAUCAGCUGCUGCUGCCGCCUGUAGCUGCUUGUCUCUAGCAGCGUCGUCGCGCUCGCGCACAACAACAACACUCACGCAGCGUCCAGCCGCCUCCUUUCGCCCACGCCCAUCGCAACCAAGCGGCGGCCAUGAUCGAACCGCAGGUGCUGGGCACGCUCAUCGUGGUCGUUGCGCGGGCGCGCAACCUUCCCAACAAGUCGCGCUUCGGCAAGCAGGACCCGUACUGCGCGCUCACGCUGGGCGAGGAGAAACGGCGGACCAAGCCCAUCAAGCGCGGUGGCCAACACCCCGAGUGGGAUGAGGAGCUGCGGUUCGUCAUCUCGCAGGACGUCGAGGACCUGCUCGCCGCCAGUGUUGAUCCGGGCUCUGUAAAGGGCAGGAACGGGUCGCUGGCAGGCAAGGACGCGGCGCUGCCGCCCCUCCCGGCCGAAGAGGGCGUGGUCACCCCUCAAUCAAUGGCACAGAAGAGCCGCGCCGGCGCAAAGAAGGCCGGCGGCGUCCGGUCCAUGAAGGUCCAGUGCUACGCCGACGCGCCAAAGGAACCAGAACUCGUCGGCGAGUGUAUCGUCCCCAUUGACGAUGUGCUCAAAUCGGGCGAAGUCGAUGACUGGUACGAGCUCAAGUACAAGGACAAGUACGCCGGCGAGCUGUAUCUCGAGCUCACGUUCUACUCCAAUAAGGCUCCGCCCGUCAAGCGCAACGUCCAGCGACCGGGAAUUCUGCCCGCCACGGGGCCAGGUGCGGCGCUCGCGACACCUCCCCGCCCGGGCAUGACGACCAGCGUGUCAGGCUAUAACCUGUACAUCCCACCUUACAGCCAGCAGCCAGGACGAACGGGAUCGCCGGCGCCGGGGGGCAUCCCCCACUCCGCCAGCGGCCCCAUCCCAAUUACUCAACACCACGCCGGGGGCAUCCCGCACUCGAACACGUUCCACGACCUGGGACUCCCGCCGAGACAAACCACCGGCGGCCCGAUCGCAGGUCAGCCAGACUACCCCCCUGGCCGGCUUCAGAACGCGCCGCAGGACGACUUCCUCGCCGGCCAGAUGGGGUCCAUGAACCUUGGGCAGUCGCUUGGCCACUCGUACCAAAAUCAUCCUGGCGGCCCUCCCGCCCCGGCGACCGUCGGCGCAGGCCACCACCACCGCCACUCGGUGGCCACUGGUGCCGUAACCCAGGCGCCGUGGUCUUCAAUGUUACCCCAGAACAAUCAGCCGCAGGGCCACGCCCCGGUCCAGCGACCCGUCAGCGCUGGCGACGUCGGUGGCGCCUGGCCCACAGUCGACAACCGACCCAACACGGCUGUGCCGAUGCCUACGAGGCCGUUGUCCGCCGUCGGUCCGCCGCCAGUGCAGUCGCCUCCGCUGCAGCACCACAGGCCACAUGCCAACAGCUUAACUGUCCCUGGCUCGUACGCCCAGGCCCCGCCUGUCGCUCCGCAGAGAACCGACUCGUACGGCCAGCAGCACGUGUCGCAGUACACUGGCCAGUCGGAGGCUCCUAGACCAACCAGCCCCCAGUCAUACUACCAUCAGCAGCAGCAACAGCAGCAGCAGCAGGGCUACGCUCCCCAACAGCCCCCGCAACCUCAGCAGCCAGCGUACAGCAACCCGCCGCCAGCACAGCAGCGCCUGUCGUCAUAUGGCACCGUACCGGCCCAGCAACCUCAGGCGCCGUACACCCCGCCACAGAACAAUAGACACUCGUCGUACGGGCAGUACCAGACUCCACCUGCUCCGCAGCCUGUACCGCAGUCAUCGUAUCCCCCUCCGCAGCAGCCAGCGUACGGCCAGCACCAGCAGCCUGGGCAGGACUACCCACCAGUGCCGCCACCGGCUCAGCAGCUUCAGCAGCAGCAGGGCCCACCCCCGCCUCUGGCAGCAUCUCCUGGAACGUACCCGUCGCACAUGCCACCCCAAGCCCCUCGGCCCACGACACCGUCGCAAUACCCCCCAUACCCGCCGCCGCAUCCCCCAACACCGCAGCCGCCGCCACACAGAGACUCGUUUGGCUCACAGUCGCCGCCUGCACAUGUGCCAUAUUCGCCCCCUGCGACCCACCAGCCGCCUCCGCAGUCGUUUGCGGCGCAGUCAGAAGCGCACUCCACACCCCCGGCUCCCACCGCCAGCACAACAACUGGAGCAUAUGUCCCAUGGUACAUGCAGACCCAGCAGCAGCAACAGCCUCCCGUGCAGUCGCCGCCGCUUCAGCAGGCCCAGACUCCGGCCCCGCAUCAUGCCCACCAGUCGUCCCUGUCUGGCGCGCCGCCGCCGCCUCCGCGCACCGGUGUGGGAUACUAUCCGUCCGACGAGCUGUAUGCCCAGCAGCGGCCACCGCCGCAGCCGACACCUGCACCCCAGCAAUACCAGGGGGGAUACCAGCAGCCGCCAGCCCCCGUGCACCAGUCGUCAUACCCGCCAGCAGGGCCACAGUCGCCGCCAAGACAAGCCUCGUACCCGCCGGCGGCUCCUCCCCGGCCAGUGUCUGCGGCCCCCUUGAGCUACAACCCGCCAGCGCCGGGCCCCAAUCCGCCCGCUCCGAACCCCCCGGCGCCGAAUCCGCCUGCUCCGAGUUCCGAGGCGCCGUGGAGCACUCUGCAGCAGCAGCAGCCGCAACAGCCUUACUAUGGUAACCCAUCUGCCACGCCCACGCCGUACUACGGACAGCAGAGCAGCGACUUCCGCCCAACGACUACCGCACCGGACGGAUGGAACAGCAUCAACGGUGGGCAGCGCGCGCCGUCGCCCCUUCCGCCGGUUGGUGGCCAGACGACGAACCGCGACUGGCGGACCUACCUCCACUCGAUUGGCAGCCAAGGAACGCCGAGCCCGCUACCGCAGCCCCCGAGCGUCGAGAACACGCCGCCAGCCCCGCUUCCUCCCAAGCGCGCGUCUGGCCUACCUCCGCUCCCUCAGCCACCGAGCCAGCAGGGCACGCCGACGAGACAGACGACCAACGGCUCGGGAGACUGGUACACGCCUCCGCCUCCGUCGGUCCCGUCGAGCAUCUUGCCCCCGGGCGGAUAUGGCACACCGCCGCCGCACCAGCAGCAGUGGCGAUAG